AUGAGAUUGGUUAGAACAUUAAAACUAUUUGUUCAUCAAAGUCCAACAAUUUUAAAGUUUUUUAUUUCUUCAUCACUUAAAGAAGUUCUUAUUGGAUCGGGUCUUAUUAGAAUAGAAAGAAAUGGAAACUAUUUACCUACAUAUAUUUUCUUCACCCUUAUGAUAACGUCAAAUCCUUUUCUUUAA